CCGAAUAUAUAUUUUCAGACUCGAGCCUCUCUCUUACAUACAAGAGAGAGAGAGAGAGAGAGAGCGGUGAAUUGGCUAUGAAAAACCCAUCUUCGAUUGUGUAUUGAAACACUCCAGUUCGUCACCCAUACCUUUCUACAAUGAGCGCAGGUGGUGCCUUUGGCGGUAAUAGGGGAGUCAGUCCAGUUCCUCCAGAGAAAGGUGUCUUCCCUUUGGAUCAUAUGCAUUUGUGUGACCAGGCGAAAAGGGAAUACCUCAAUUGUCUGAAAACUUCGGGCCACCAAUCUGAAAAGUGCAGACAAUUCUCAAAAUUGUACCUGGAGUGCCGCAUGGAAAAGAACUUGAUGGCAAAGCAAGACAUGUCAGAACUUGGAUUUGUAAAGGAAAAUGGUAAAGAAGCUUCUGAAGAGAGGAUUACUGAGAGGAUCGGUAACUAGUCGUAUUAGUAGUUGGAAGGCCAAAGUAUUAGGGACGUGGGACAGUUUGUGGGAGAGUUUACUGCUAGGACUAAUUCUUCAAUUUGUCGGGGAUUUUCCCCACCCCAAAAUGACCGAACUCUGAAUCGGAAUCUUUUACCUCCUAUCAUUGACUAGUAAAGGAAUCGAAAGAUCAUUUUUCUUUCUGUUUGUAUUAUAGACAGGCUACUCAUUUGUAUGCAGACCGAUAUUCAGAACCUCACAAUUUUCAGAUUGUUAAAUUUUGAAUCAAGUGCAAAAUUUCGGAUGGA